UCCCUUCUCUCCUUCUGUCUCUAAAAACAAUGAAAAAAUGUCCUCAGUUGAGGAUUAAAAAAAAUUAAGAGGGACAACUGUGCAUUUGAGUGAGCGUUGCAUCAGUGGAAGUGUGCGAAUAAAGGUUGAAAACCCCUGGACAUUUCAUUUCACCCUCUCAGAUAAUAUUACUACCCGUAUUUUACAGAUUAGAAAACUAAGCACAGAGGUUAAGACUCUAGCCCAAGGUCUAGGCAAUAGCCAGCUUAGGGGACUGAAGCGGGAAUAAGCCACCGGAAAGAGACCUGAGUCUCAUGCUAGUCCUCUGGAGGGCCCACUGAAGAUCAGUCUGCUGAGGUGGUAAACGUGCUGUGGGUCCCGCGCUCAGAGGCAUCUAGGCACCGCCCCGCCUCCACCCCGCCCCUUACCGUGGGAUUGUCCAAUGUCUCAGUCCUCAUGUAAAUAAAGUACCUAGAGAGAGCCUAUGAGAGAGCAGCAGGGGCGUGGCUUUCAUCUGCCUCCAGGCAAUGUUCUGAUUCAUUGUUAAAAUAAAGAGGCUGUGACCCCGGGUACCCAACCUCGACACCCGCUGUGCGUGGAAACCUGAGCCGAGGUUAGUACUGCGCUGUGGAAAGGUUGGAGGGGAGGAGGAUAAGGGGGAAAAUAUAGAGGAGUGAAGGAUACGGGGAGGGACAGGCUGAUUGGCUGGAUGGAAAGAGGUCCAGCUGUCCAUUCUCCGGGUGGGGCAUCCUGUCCUCUGCAGGUUUUUCAUUGUUAUAUCCACACCUAAAGUGCAUUUCAGAGAAGGAUUCUGCCACUUGGGUUCGGGAGGAGGAAGCAGGAACAUUGAGGGGGACCAGGAGCAGAGCCCUCCACAUCCACCUCCAGGGAAGUGAGUGGUGGUCUCUAUCCGAGGAGAUACUUACUCCCCUUUGUGGUGGGACUGGGAAAGAACCGCCCAGGCUGGGCGGGAGGGAUUCACUCCCAGUCUGCCUCUGGGAGCUUGGAAUGAUGCCGGGAGAAGGGCCCCGACAGGAUCAGAGACCCCCGGGCCACCAAGGGGUGGGUCAGUGGGUGGCCCCCACCCGACCCAGACCGUGCCCUGCUGCCUCCCCAGGUCUGAUGGAGGAGCCAGGAACCUUCACCCUGCCUGACCCAGGGGAGGAUGUGAAAUUCCCCAGCUCUCAGGUGAGAUUGGCAGCGAAGGCCUGAUCCCCUGGGACGCUGUGAAGGCAAUUCUCCAGGUGAGGGAAAGGGAUGGGCAGCAACCUGGGAGCUCCAUAAGGGGCUUGUGCCUUUGGGAAUAUGGGUUCCCCUUACCCUCAUCCCCUCCCGGGGUUCUGUUCCAUGUGGGUUAGGAGGGCAUCUUCAAGUUACUCUCUUCUGUUGGAGCCCGCCCCCCACCCCGGCCCCAGGGCAUGGCAUUGGAGCUCUCUUGGACGGGACAGCCGUGUGCCUAAGUCAGAACACCAGCUUUUGUCUCUGGCCGAGCUCUGCCGCAAACUUGCUGUGUGCCUUUAGAUUGCCCAUGACUUUGUCCUCGACCGAAAACACCUGCCCGCCCUUUUGCCUCACUCCCGGUAUUUCCCGAGGGGCCCAGGUGACUUGGCAGUGGGACCCAGUGCCCCUCGCUUCCACCUCCUGGCACACAGACCUGGGUGCGAGUCCAGUUCAGCCACUGGGACCUUGCAUGUUAUGGAACCCCUGGGAGCCUUCCUUGCCUCAUCUGAAACUGGCGUUAACUUUAUCCACAGUGCAGGAUAAUUGGAAGGCAAGGGCACUCCAGCUUUGGGGUGCACAAGUGCCCUAGGGGACUUGUUUAAAAUGCACACCCCCCAGGCCUCACCUGGGUGGACGUGGGGAGGGAACUGGGAAUACACACUUUAUAAGCAGCUGGACCAAGUCUAACGCAGGGUUCUCAGAACACACAUGGAGCACCGCUGCAGUAAUGACUGGAAAUCACAUGUUAAAUGCUUGGCAGAAUUCCUGGUGCUUAAUGAGUGUUUGUUGAGUGAAUAAACGAACACAUGAUAAAUGGAUGAAUAACCUUAUCUCUUUGGUCUUUAUCUGUUCAGGGGCAAGUGAGGACUGGGGUCUGGGUGCACUGCCAGCCAGACACCUGGCCCUUGCCUCCUCGCCCUAUUCUCCCCAGGCCCCACCAUUGGAUCGCAGGAGCUGCCCUGGCCUGGCUCACCUAGUAUGGAGGGGGGCGCCGGGAAUGCCCCCUGUGAACGCUUUGAGGCCAAUGUGCUUGCCCAGAGCUGCUGUCAAAACUGCUUCCACCCUGAGGAGGCCCACAGAGCAAGGCACCAGGAGCCCCGGAGCCCUCCAGGUGCGGAGGUGCCCUACUGCGACCUGCCCCGCCGCCCGCCUGCCUCUGCGGACCCGCACAGUGCUUCGACCUCUGGGUGCCAGUCUGUGGUGGGCCUGGGCCUUGGGCCAGGGUCCGAGAGGGGCCCAUCGGCAGGCCUCCCUGCAAAGGGCCCCGCAGUCACCCCCAGGAGCAGGAGCCGGGACCCCGAGGCAGUGCCCUAUCUGGAGGGCCUGGCCUCCUCCCCGUGUGGCAGCUCCGACGAGGGUCCUGACUCUGGCGCCAGCUCCGGCCCUGACUCCAACACCCCCGAUGAUACCAGCAACUCGUCCUCUGUGGACUGGGACAUCUCCAAAAGGCAGGAGGAGGCCCCCAGCGGGGACGAGUUCACUGCGAUGAUCCCUCGGAAGUUGCAGGAGGGCUCAAGAGCUGACAGUGCCCAGCGGGCUCCGUCUGUCCUCACCCGGUCACCUGUGGGAGGAGAGACUGGGAGCCAGAGAAAGGAGGGUGCUGCUGGUGGGGGCCGAAGCGCCGGACAGCACUGGGCGAAGCUCCGGGGAGAAAGUGGGCACUUCCUGGAGCGGCACCGGUCUGCGCUAUCCCAGGCUCCCCCUGCGCCUCCCCAGAGCGGACCGCGAGGUACCACCCCCCGAGCUUCCUCGCUGCACCGCGCCGCCCAGAGGGACGUUGUCCAGACUGCUUCCACGCAACCCGACGCGCCCCGAGCUCCCUCUCCCUCCCACGUAGCCCAACAGGACAGCCCCAGAACCUCGUCCAGCCAACGGGACACCUCCAGGACCUCUUCCACGCAGCGGAGCACCCCCCGAGCGUCCUCCCCCUCAAGAGCCGCCCAACGGGACAGCCCCAGAACCUCGUCCACGCAGCGGAACAAUCCUCACACUUCCUUGUCCCCCAGAGCCGCCCAGCAGGACCCCUCCGGAACCUCUUCCACACAACAGGACCACCCCAGAGGCUCCUCUCCCAGCCGCACCAGCCAGCGAGAGAACCCCAGAACCUCCUGUGCCCCGCGGGACAACCCCAGAGCUUCCUCUCCGAACCGAACCUCCCAGCGAGAGAACUCUAGAACCUCCUGUGCCCAGCGGGACAACCCCAGAACCUCCUCUCCCAACCGAACCAGCCAGCGAGAAAACUCUAGAACCUCCUGUGCCCAGCGGGACAACCCCAGAACCUCCUCUCCCAACCGAACCAGCCAGCGAGAGAACCCCAGAACACCCUGUGCCCCGCGGGACAACCCCAGAGGCUCCUCUCCCAACCGAACCAGCCAGCGAGAGAACCCCAGAACACCCUGUGCCCCACGGGACAACCCCAGAGGCUCCUCUCCCAACCGAACGACCCAGCGAGAGAACCCUAGAACCUCUUCUCUCAACCGAACCAGCCAGCGAGAAAACUCUAGAACGUCCUGUGCCCAACGGAACAACCCCAGAGGCUCCUCUCCCAGCCGAACCGGCCAGCGGGAGAACCCCAGAGCUGCUUGUGUUCAGCAAAACACCCCCAGAGCCUCUUCUACCCAACGGGACAGCCCACAGCCGUCUUCCUCUCGGCGGGACAAGCCCGGGAGCUCCUCCCCUCAGUGCUGCGCCCCACAGAACAACCCUGGGCCAUCACCCUCCCAUCGCUCCAGUCAGCGGAACAAUCCCAGGAACUCGUCUCCCCAUCGUACCAACAAAGACAUUCCCUGGGCCUCCUUCCCCCUCCGGCCGACCCAGAGUGACGGCCCGAGAACCUCCUCCCCAUCUCGCUCCAAGCAGAGCGAGGUUCCCUGGGCGUCCGUUGCCCUUCGGCCAACCCAAGGUGACAGGCCUCAGACCUCAUCGCCCUCCAGACCAGCUCAGCGUGACUCACCCCAGUCCUCCUCCGGCCCUGCCCAGCACAGCUCACCAACCCGGGCCGCCUCCUCUUCCCACAACCCGGGCCACCACGGGGCCUCCCGGACGUCCUCGCCUCUGCACCUCACCACCCGCGGGGCAUCCCAGACCUCUUUCGACUCCUCCCAGCCUCCGUGUUCUGUGUGCAUCGGGCACCGGGAUGCCCCCCGAGCCUCUUCGCCUCCUCGCUUUUUGCAGCAUGACCCGUUCCCCUUCUUCCCAGACCCCCAUGCUUCUGAGGGCGAAUCUACCCGCCACGAACCCCCGUACAUCCCCCCGGCGGUGUGCAUUGGACACCGGGAUGCCCCUCGGGCCUCCUCACCCCCUCGCUACACCCACUUUGACCCCUUCCCCUUCCUCCCAGACACAUCAGAUGCUGAGAACCAGUCCCCCCAGCAUGAGCCUCCUCAGUUCCCCCCACCUGUGUGCAUUGGGUACCGAGAUGCACCCCGGGCCUCCUCCCCACCGCGCCAGGCCCCUGAGCCCUCCCUCUUGUUCCAGGAUUUCCCCCGGGCCAGCACCGAGAGCCUCGUCCCCUCCACGGACUCUCUGCAUGAGCCCCCCCACUUCCCUGCCCCCGUGUGCAUUGGACACCGGGAUGCACCUUCCUUCUCUUCCCCACCGCGCCAGGCCCCUGAGCCCUCCCUCUUCUUUCAGGACCCCCCUGGGGCUAGUAUGGAGAGCCUGGCCCCCUCCACCGACUCUCAGCACGGCUCCCCAGUGCUGCCCCCCCAGGUCUGCAUCGGGUACCGGGACGCACCGCGAGCCUCCUCCCCACCCCGCCACCCGCCCAGUGACUUAGCGCUCCUGGCACCCUCACCCCCGCCAGGCAGCUCAGGGGGCUCCCGGGGCUCAGCACCCCCCGGGGAGACCAGGCACAACUUGGAGAGGGAGGAGUACACCAUGCUGGCCGACCUGCCCCCACCCAGGAGGCUGGCACAGAGGGAGCCGGGGCCCCAGUGCAGCAACGGGGGCCGAACCCGCAGCCCUGGCCGCGCAGAGGUGGAGCGCCUAUUCGGGCAAGAGCGCAGGAAGUCCGAGGCACCGGGGGCCUUCCAGGCGCGGGACGAGGGGCGGUCACAGCGGCCCGGCCAAGGUCAGAGCCAGCUUCUCCGAAGACAGUCCAGCCCUGCCCUCAGCAGGGAGGUAACCACGCCCCACGUGAAGCAGGCAGAACCAGCCCGGAGGAGCCGAGCGGAGCCCCCUCCUCCCAGGAGCCCCCAGAGGCGACCUGAGGGGGACCGGCGGCUCCAGGGGUCCUCGCCGCCCCCAAGGACAUCAGCCAGGACCUCUGAGCGGCAGCCUCGAACAGAGAAACGUCCGGAGAGUGGCCGGGCGGGCCCGAGACAGCCUCUGGGCGGGUGGCAGAGUCAGGAGGAGCUGCCAGGAUCCCGGUGCCCGCACAGACACCCGGAGAGAGGCUGGAGCAGCCAGGACGAGGGCCCAGGCCUGGGGGGCUGGCAGGAACUUGGGGAGCCCGGCCGGGGUGCUGCUGGAGGUCCGGAGGGAACACGGAGGGGCCCGCUCAGGGAGUCUGAGGAGAGCUGGGGGCAGCCGGGUGGCCCCCCGUGCCAUAGGGGGCAGCCAGAGGCCUGGGAGGAGCCCCCCGGUAACGGGCUGCAGAAGACCCCCGACAGGCCAGCUCAGAGGGGCUGGGGCAGCCUGCAGCAGCUGUUCGGUCCCCCUCAGCAGCCGGUGAGCCCUCCAGAGAGCUCCAGGGAAGGCCCAGCAGAGUUCUCGAACUCCUGGAGGCCUGAGGCAGCCACUGCCGUGGGCCGGGGAACUGAGGGGAUCUGCGCACACCCGCACGGCCCCGAGAGGCGACUCGAGCUUGACUGGAGGGACUUGGUGAGCCUGCUCGGGUUACCCAGAGAAGGGGCCUGGGCCCACGCGGAGGAGCCAACGCUUGCUUCCCGUCUUCCAAGGCUGGAUUUGGAAGGCCUCCUGGAGCUCCUGCGGGCCCAGCUGCCCCGAAAGGACCCAGCUGGACACUGGGGUGGCCCAGCCACAGCGUCAGGGCCAGAGCCGGGUUCCCCAGGCACAAAGGAUGCCCUGGAACGAGAGAGACACAGCCAACCUGAAGGCGGGGCGGAGGCCACCCUAGUCAAUGGACUCGGCCCUGGGCAAUGGUCCCAGAGCUUGGCCCAGCCACCCAGCCCUGCCUGCAUCUCCACCCAGUGGCCAAAGACCAAAGUGACAAGCGGACCGGAGACCUCAACCAUGGCUAGUCUGGGGGAGCCGGGCCAGCUGGGGAGCAGGAUUCCUGCAGCGCGCCCCAGCUCAUCAGAGUGGGAGUUCCACCCAGAGGAGCCUGAGGAGUCAGCGUCAAGAGGAGGCCAAGACUCGCUGACCGACCAGAGGCGGGCAGACUCGGCAGACGAGAGGCCAGCGGAGGGCAAGGCUGGGAGCCCGCUCAAGGGCCGACUGGUGACCUCAUGGCGGAUGCCCGGGGACCGGCCCACGCUGUUCAAUCCGUUCCUGCUGUCCCUGGGGGUCCUCAGUUGGCGAAGGCCCGACCUGCUUAACUUCAAGAAGGGAUGGAUGUCGAUCUUGGACGAGCCUGGAGAGUGGAAGAAGCACUGGUUUGUGCUGACCGAUUCAAGCCUCAAGUACUACAGGGACUCCACCGCGGAGGAGGCCGAUGAGCUGGAUGGCGAGAUCGACCUGCGCUCCUGCACCGACGUCACCGAGUACGCAGUGCAGCGCAACUAUGGCUUCCAGAUCCACACGAAGGACGCUGUCUACACCUUGUCGGCCAUGACCUCGGGUAUCCGGAGGAACUGGAUCGAAGCUCUGAGGAAGACCGUGCGUCCCACCUCAGCCCCAGAUGUCACCAAGCUCUCAGACUGCAACAAGGAGAACACGCUGCACGGCCACGGCCCCCAGAGGGGCUCCCUGAAGGCGGGCGAGCCUCGCGGGGGCUCCGAGGUCAUCAGCCGCGGUGGCCCUCGGAAGGCGGAUGGACAGCGGCCGUCCCCGGACUACGUGGAGCUCUCCCCGCUGACGCAGGGCUCCCCGCAGCGGGCCCGCACCCCGGCCCGCACCCUCGACCGCCCGGCCAAGCAGGAGGAGCUGGAGCGGGACCUGGCCCAGCGCUCCGAGGAGCGACGCAGGUGGUUCGAGGCCGUGGACAGCAGGAGCGCAGAGACACCGGCCGGCGAGGGGCCGCGGCGGGGCCUGGGAGCGCCCCUGACCGAGGACCAGCAGAGUCGGCUCAGUGAGGAGAUCGAGAAGAAGUGGCAGGAGCUGGAGAAGUUGCCCCUGCGGGAGAACAAGCGGGUGCCUCUCACCGCCCUGCUCAACCAGAGCCGCGGGGAGCGCCGGGGCCCCCCGGGUGACAGCCACGAGGCACUGGAGAAGGAGGUCCAGUCUCUCCGUGCCCAGCUAGAGGCGUGGCGCCUCCAAGGGGAGGCUCCCGUGAGUGCGCCCAGGCCCCAGGAGGACGGCCACAUCCCCCCAGGCUACAUCUCACAGGAGGCGUGGGAGCGCAGCUUGGCAGAGAUGGAGUCCUCGCACCAGCAGGUGAUGGAGGAGCUGCAGCGGCACCACGAGCGGGAGCUGCAGCGGCUGCAGCAGGAGAAGGAGUGGCUCCUGGCCGAGGAGACGGCCGCCACAGCCUCAGCCAUCGAAGCCAUGAAGAAGGCCUACCAGGAGGAGCUGAGUCGGGAGCUGAACAAGACGCGGAGUCUCCAGCAGGGUCCAGACGGCCUCCGGAAGCAGCAUCAGUCCGACAUGGAGGCGCUGAAGCGGGAGCUGCAGGUGCUGUCGGAGCAGUACUCACAGAAGUGCCUGGAGAUCGGCGCCCUGACGCGGCAGGCCGAGGAGCGCGAGCACACGCUGCGGUGCUGCCAGCAGGAGGGCCAGGAGCUGCUGCGCCACAACCAGGAGCUGCACACCCGCCUGUCCGAGGAGAUCGAUCGGCUACGCGGCUUCAUCGCCUCCCAGGGCACGGGCAAUGGCUGUGGACGCAGCGAGCGGAGCUCCUGCGAGCUGGAGGUGCUGCUGCGCGUGAAGGAGAACGAGCUUCAGUACCUGAAGAAGGAGGUGCAGUGCCUCCGGGACGAGCUCCAGAUGCUGCAGAAGGACAAGCGCUUCACCUCAGGAAAGUACCAGGACGUCUACGUGGAGCUGAACCACAUCAAGACGCGCUCGGAGCGGGAGAUCGAGCAGCUGAAGGAGCACCUGCGCCUCGCCAUGGCGGCCCUGCAGGAGAAGGAGGGCGUGCGCAACAGCGUGGCCGAGUAGAGGUCCCUGUGGUCCCGCCAGCUGCAGACCCCCGGCCAGGGGGGGCCCGGUGCCCUCCUUCCCUGCUGGAUGGAAGUCAGAAGCCAAGCUUUCUCCCCACCCUCUGUGGGCCACACGUGCACUCACAACUAGCACACACAGGCACACAC